GGCUAGGCCGAUGCUCGCCCGGCGGCCGCGGGACCCGCUGCAGGCGCUGAGGCGCCGCGGCCAGGAGCUGAAGCUGCAGGUGGAGAGUUUGGUUACUGAAAGCCAACUAACAGGUGCUCUGGAACCAAGUAAAAGGAGAGAUAUUUACCAAAGAUGUAUCCAGUUAAAACAGGCAGUAGAUGAAAAUAAAAAUGCUCUUCAGAAAUUAAACAAGGCCGAUGAAGUUGCUCCUGUGGGGAACUAUGAGAAGAGAAAGGAGGAGGAGCACAGUCUCCUGGAGAAGCUCUCCUGCCAGCUGCAGGAGCUUGCUGUGGGCAUCAGCAGAAUUGAAGCACACAGUGAUAAAGAAGAAGAUGACACCACUGAAGAAGAUGAGGAAGAAACUGAAGAAACUGGUGGAGAGGAAGAAGAAUCAGAAGGGGACGAAGAAGAGAGUAAUGAACAAGCCUCCCCCACGCAAGCAGACAUUGUCAAGUACAUUGCUCUUGGGGAUUUCAGUGCUCAGCAGGCCGGGGACCUGACAUUUAAGAAAGGAGACAUUCUCCAUAUAAUUGAAAAAAAGCCUGAUGGGUGGUGGCUGGCUAAGGAUGCUGAAGGUGCCGAGGGUCUCAUCCCCAGGACCUACUUGGAGCCCUAUAAUAAGGAAGACACUCGAGAAUCAAGUGAAGGCCUCAAGGAGGGCAGUGAAGAGGACGUGGAGGUGGAGGAUGAAACUGCAGAUGGAGCCGAAGUGAAGCAGAGAACUGAUUCCCACUGGAGCGCUGUUCGGAAAGCUAUCUCAGAGCAGAUAAGUACAGUUGAUGUGUUAGCCACGAUGGGAGCUAUUCCUGCAGGGUUCCGGCCUUCCACACUCUCCCAGCUGCUGGAUGAAGCAGGGAACCAGUUUCGAGCAAGUUACUUCUUGCAGCCGGAGCUCACGACAUCACAGCUGGCCUUCAGAGAUCUAGUGUGGGACGCUAAGGCAGGCACGAUUAUGUCAAGACCAAGUCGUGUUUCAUUGAUUCUGACCCUGUGGAGCUGUAAAAUGAUUCCUCUCCCUGGAACAAGCAUACAGGUUCUCAGCAGACAUGUACGCCUCUGUCUGUUUGAUGGUAGUAAGGUUCUGAGUAAUAUCCAUACAGUCCGAGCCAUGUGGCAGCCUAAAAAGCCCAAAACAUGGACCUUUUCUCCCCAGGUCACCGGCAUCCUGCCGUGCUUGCUCGAUGGUGACUGCUUUAUCAGGUCCAAUUCUUCAACCCCAGACCUCGGGAUAUUAUUUGAACUUGGAAUUUCUUACAUUCGCAAUUCUACUGGUGAGAGAGGAGAGUUAAGCUGUGGCUGGGUGUUUCUUAAGCUUUUCAAUGCCAGCGGAGUUCCUAUUCCAGCAAAAACGUACGAACUCUUCUUGAAUGGUGGCACUCCUUAUGAAAAAGGUGUUGAAGUGGACCCCUCAGUGUCCAGAAGAGCACAGGGCAGUGUCUUUCGCCAGAUGAUAAGCAUGCGGAGGCAGCCUCAACUUCUGGUGAAAGUGCGGUCUCUGAACAGGAGGUCAAGGGCCAUGCUCAGUCUGCUGCCAGAAACCUUGGUGGGGAGCAUGUGCUCCACUCACUUGCUGAUAUUUUACCGACAAAUUCUUGGAGAUGUGCUCCUGAGGGACAGGACAAACCUGCAGAGUGCUGAUUUAAUUAGUCAUCCAGUGCUGGCCACCUUCCCUGUGCUGCUGGAGCAGCCUGACGUGAUGGAUGCUCUCAGGAGUUCGUGGGCUGAGAAAGAAAGCACCUUGAAGCGAUCAGAGAAGAGAGACAAAGAGCUGCUGAAGUCUGAGUUCCUCCUGGUCUACCACGACUGCGUGCUCCCUCUGUUGCAUUCCACGCUGCUGCCCCCGUUCAGGUGGGCUGAGGAGGAGACGGAGGCCGCUCGCUGGAAAGCCAUCGCCGACUUCCUCAAGCAGAGCCGAGAGAACGAGGGUUCCCUGAAGGCUCUGCUGUCACCAGAUGGGGUUCACAAGCCGUUUGACCUUUCCGAGCAGACCUAUGACUUCUUGGGUGAAAUAAGAAAGAAUUCAGCCUGACGGUGGCCAUGGCUCUCGAUUCCCACUGAACCUGGAGGGCUCCCCAUGAUGACGUGGCUCAAACAACAGAACCAAAAGAAACAGACUGGUUAGACAUUCAGUCAUAUUCUUUUGUGUACAAAUUAUAUUUUCAAAGAAAUAUCUAAUAAUUUGACUAUGUAAAACAAUAAAAUAAGUUUUAU